AUGUAUAGUCUAAAUGAGGCAUUCAUACACUUUGUUCAACAUAGUUUCAUCCUGAAGAGCAAGGUCAGAGCGUGCAAAGCACAUGCCCAGGAGGCCCGAGAUGCCCAACUGAGGGUCGAAGACAACCUUAAGAAUGCCAGGUUGCAAAUUGAAGUAAGGGAUGCAGAGAUUAAGAGGAUCCCCGAACUUGAAUCCAAGCUUGAGGCGACCUUGAAGAAGGUCGAGACCAGGGACUUCAAAAUUAGGAGGAUUCGGGAGCUCAACGUCAAGCUGGAAGAGGAGAAGAAGAUGACCUUUGAGGUUAUCGAGGGCGAGAAGGCUUUUCUUCUUGAGGAGUUUAAGACCAAAAAAGAUCCCACCGUAGACAUGGCGUUGUAUCAGAUUUGGGCUAACAAUCCAGACCUCGAUAUGAGCUUCCUUGCUGACCGGGAGACCGAAUUUAUCACCAAAUGGCAGGCUCGACUCGAGGAGGAAGAGGCCAGGCUCGAUGCUGAAUAG